AUGGGAGGAAAGCACCCUAUAUCAAUUUUCACUGAUCAAGAUGCAGCUAUUGCUGCUAGAAUAGAACAGGUUUUUUCUUCUUCAAGACACAGGUUAUGCUUGUGGCACUUGAGUAAAAAUGCAAACAAUAGGUUUGGUUUAUUGAAGUCUAAUAAAAACUUCAAAAAUGCAUUCUACAAGUGUUUAAGUGGGUGUAUAACACCAAAUGAUUUUGAAGAAACUUGGAAAUCUAUGAUCAACACUUUUAAGUUGGAAAAGGAUGACUGGUUCAACAGAUUGUAUGGUCUUAAAGAAAAAUGGUGUACAGCUUUAAGUAAAGAUUUUUUUUCUGUCGGUAUACUUUCUUCACAAAGAAGUGAAAGUACAAACCAUGCUGUUGGAUUUAAAGCAAAUAAAAGUACAACAUUAACAGAGUUCUAUAGUAUUUUUCAAGCUACAAUAAAUCGAUGGAGAAAAACCGAAGAAAAAGACGACUUUGACUGUACAAGGGGAAUGCCUACUUCGGAGCUAAGUAUGAGUGCUAUAUUAAACCAGGCAGCAAAUAUAUACACGAUAACACUUUUCCGUGAUUUUGAAGAAGAGUUCAAGCUUUCUGUGGCAAGUAGUGCAAAGUUCAAGGGAAAUGUUGGAAGAACAGUAUUUUUCGAGGAUCAAGGCAAGAAGUUCAAUUCAAAAUGGAAGAUUCAACCGUCACUUGCACAUGCAAAAACUUUGAAGAAUCUGGAUGGUUGUGCUAACAUUGUUUGA